AUGGCGCGCGCGAUCGCGUCGACGGACGUCGACGCGGUGUUCGAUGCGCUCGCGGGUGACUUGGCGACGUGCGGCGACGGCGCGCGACGGUGGUGCGACAGGCGCACGGUGGAGCGGUUCGUGCGCGCGGAUAAGGGAGACGUGGUCAAGGCGACGAAACGAUUGCGACGGACGGUGCGAUGGCGCGACGGGGCGAAACCGGAGGAGACGCGAUGCGAGCGAUGCUUCGAGGGCGACUUUGGGAGUCAUUACAUGCAACAGAUUGGCUUCGACGCGUGCGGACGCGCGGUGGUGUACUCGGACAUCGGUUUGGCGCUCGAUGGAAAACCGGCGAGUAACGUCGAGCACUGUGUGCAGGUUUUGGAGCUCUUGGAGAGGUUCUUGCCCGAAUAUCCGUACGAUCAGUACGUGUGGGUGUGCGACUUUCAUAAACUCGGCGCGGGAAGCAUGAACCCGAACACGGCGAUGAAGUGUCUGUCACUCUUCGCGAGAUCGUAUCCGGAGCGUUUGGAGAUGAUGAUCUUCGUCGAGGCGCCGAAGCUGUUCAACGGGCUGUACAAGAUGCUCACCGCGUUCGUAGAUCCGGUGACGGUGCAAAAGUUACGCUUCGUCAAGGGGCCGAGCGGAAAGGGCGGCGGCGGGUCGCUCGCAGAGACUUUCGAUGAAUUGCUGAGUGAAGAGACGUCGAAGUGGCUCACGACGGAGAUGCGAAUGAAUCGCGAGAUGUGGUCGGUGGUGAAGACGAAAAAGUCGUGGAUAAAGUCGAUGAUUAUCGAGAAUGGCGUCAUGGAGGAGGCGGCUGCUUUUCCAGACUUUGCGUCGCACGACUGCAGAGGGACGGAUGAGUUCUUGAAUUCACCCGCGGGGGCGCACGCGGCGGCGUUUGUAAAGAGGCACGCCCUAGGGUCCAAACUCGCGGCGAAGGAAAGAUUACUUCCAGAGUUUUGCGCCCCGAUCGAGGACGAGGCGGAGGACGCGCGGAUCGACCAGACUGAGGCGCUGACCAAGACGUUUUCGUUCGUCAAGCUCGAUGAGGUCGUCGACGCGAGGCAGUUUGAUCGCUUCGAGUAG